AAACUAGUAAAACUAAAAACCGAUCCGAAUGUUGCACCGGUAAACGACAUGAAUAAAUCCCUAAAAAGGAAACGCUCACUCAAAAACGACGACGGCGACUCAAAACCCCCGGCCUGUAAAAAUCUCACCGUAGACGGCGGCGAUCCUUAUCCCGAACUCCUCAGACCUACGUCUGACGAAUGUAGAGACGUAAGGGAUGCUUUGCUGUCUCUCCAUGGAUUCCCUCCCGAGUUCGCCAGUUACCGCCGUCAGAGACUCCGAACACUUUCCUCCGUAGAUGGUCACGACACAGAGUGUUCGGAGAAGGAGGAGGAGAGUGUGCUUGAUGGGCUUGUCAAAAUUCUUCUUUCGCAGAAUACGAGUGAGGCCAAUUCUCAAAGGGCCUUUGCUUCUCUCAAAGCUCAAUUUCCUAAAUGGGAAGAUGUUUUGGUUGCUGAGCCAAAAUUAAUUGAGAAUGCUAUCAGGUGUGGAGGAUUGGCCCCUAAAAAGACUGUCUGUAUCAAAAACAUUAUGAGCCGCCUGCAGAACGAGAGAGGCAGAUUGUGCUUGGAGUAUCUGCGCGGUUUAUCGGUAGAAGAAGUAAAAACUGAGCUCUCCCAUUUUAAAGGAGUAGGUCCCAAAACGGUUUCUUGUGUUCUGAUGUUCAACCUCCAACACAAUGAUUUCCCAGUAGACACCCAUGUAUAUGAGAUCUCCAAGGCGUUAGGUUGGGUCCCGAAAACCGCAGACAGGAACAGAACCUAUGUUCAUCUCAACCGUAGGAUCCCGGAUGAGCUCAAGUUUGAUCUGAACUGUCUGUUAUAUACACAUGGUAAGCUCUGCAGCAACUGCAAGAAGAAUGUUGCGAAACCAAAAGCUAAAGUAGCGUCAUCUGAUGAUUGCCCUCUCCUGGGGUUUUCUGGUUUAGUCUAGAUAACCAGGAUAAUAAAUUAAUAACUUUUUUUUUGUUUUAGUUUGGUUUGGAUGGUAUUUUUCUGUGGUCGUAGUAUCCUUUCUUGACUCUUUGCUUGUAACGGAAAAAAACAAUUGUAGGCCAUGACUAUGAAUUUAGAACAUUAUUCCGAUUUAACA